GACGUCAGUUAAUGUUAUACUAAAAUUAUACUGUACUUUCGACUGGAGUUGACUUGGCUUCUUCGUCUCGCUUCUCCUGGUCUGUGGGCUUUAAGGCACAUUGAAAUCAAUAUGACGGCAAUAAAAAUCAGGGUUGGGGCUGAUCCACGUGGGAAGUCCACUCCUCUUUUUUUAGACUUAUUUUGCCGCAGUCUUAUUAUCCUGUGUACAUUUCUGUCUGUCAUCCUCUCCUCAAUUGCAGUGUGUGAUGGUCACUGGCUGCUCACUGGCCGCCGUAUGUUUGGCCUGUGGUAUUUCUGCUCACUGGAGGAGCAGCAGGGCUCUGUGUUGGGGUCCCAGAGUUUUAAAGCAUCCUCUAACUGCACUAGACAUCUGGAGGAGGCAGGGGUGGAUGGUCUGGGUUUGGGCUUGGCGGCGUGUCGUUCUGUGAUUACUCUGGCUGUGGUCAGUGCCAUAUUUGGACUGGAGUUGCUUGUGAUGUCACAGGCCAGCGAAGGGAGGGACUCCAGUCGACGCUGGACCUUCGGGGCAUGGCUGGUGCUGCUGGCAGGGGUAAUGGCUGCUGGAGGAAUUGCAACUUUUGUACUCCUGUUAGGGGCAUUUGCAACGCUCCUUGGGUUUACUCUCACCUUCUGGUGUCAGUUCACUGCCACCUUCCUGUUCUUCCUCAAUGGAAUGGCAGCACGGCACAUCCAGCAUAUUGAACCACUGUUGCCCUUUAGUGGACCUCCUGACAAACUGUAGAAAUAAGGCCAGCACUAACAAUAAACUCUCUAAAACUUGGAGAAGCUACAUUAGAAGCUGCUGUUGGUUCAUCUGGAGCAGUUCUGUAUCUGCAUUCUUUUGCAUCAAGUGAUUUUGAAGAUUUAUAAAUAAUGAUUUAGAAAUAAUGAUUUAUAAAUAGUGGACUUUCUUAAAAGGUCCCAAAAUGGCCCAAUGUAUCAAUGUUAAUAUGAAGGAAUUAUCCAUUUUCUUUUAUCACAGGUGUUAUUUUAAAUAGCGCUUUGCAUUGUGUUGUGUUUUAGGGUUGAAGGAAAUGUUUGAAAACUUAAUAGAAAAUAUCCUGGCAUAAAAUUACUGCAGGCCUGGUGUGCAAAUAAAUGUUUUUACUAGUU